AUGCUAUUGGGAGUAAAUAUAUUUAAUCGAAUCAACUCUAUUAAGUAUCAAUUUCAAGUAUUAUAUGAAUUACAAAAAAACAAUAUCAACCAAUAUGAUCCAAAUGAUUUACCUUUCAUAUUUAUUGGAGGACAUCAAAGUACAGGUACCGGAUUAAUGCGCAUUCUUCUGGACAUCCAUCCGUUAGUUCGUUGUGGACCUGAACCAAUCGUGACUAGGGAGCUAUUAAGGUAUAGAAGACAUCUGGAGACCAUGAGUGAUCUAUUGUCACAGUCUGGGAUUACUGAAAAUGUGUUGGAUGAUGCCAGUGCAGCAUUUAUUGCAACAAUUAUUCAAGAGAUGGGCCCCAAAGCUCCAAGACUUUGUCACAAGGACCCCUCAUCAUUUAUAUAUCUUGAGGAACUGGCUAAUAUGUUUCCGAAAGCAAAAUUUAUUCAUAUGAUUAGGGACGGAAGGGCUGCUAUUGCGUCUACAAUACAACGUGGUAUACAUCCAUUUUACACAUUAGAAAAUAUCACUACAGCAAUUUUAUCUUGGGAGAGAACAACAUCACAAAUGUUGGAAGAUUGUCAAUACAUUGGAAUAUUUCGGUGUUUAUCUGUCCGUUAUGAAUGUUUUAUAUUAAAUCCACGUGAAGAGAUUAAAAAAGUUCUUGGUAGAUUUCUUGAAUUACCAUGGGAUGAUAAAUUAUUGGAACAUGAAAAGUUUGUUCAUAAUACAUCGAAAUUAAACAAAUAUGAAGCAAGUUCAAUUCAAAUAGUUAAAUCAAUCCAUAAUAAUUCAUUGGAUGCAUGGUCAAAUAAUGAUUCACCUACUUUGACAGAAUUUUUCAAAUUAAUGACUACAAAUAGUUCACUUUUAAAAGUAUUAGGUUAUGUAAGUGAUGAAAUCCCACCAAACUAUAAAAAUCUAUGCAGCAGUUAA